AUGAAAGUUUUAUUAGAACAACCAACAUAUCCCUUAUAUAAUCAUCAAGAACGGAUAAAAUUGUUUCAAAAUAAUCCAUUAGUCAAUGACAAAGAUUCUUCAUCAUCAAUUGAAACUUUACAAUCUGUUCUUGAAAAAGCAUUUUUUACUAAUAAUAUUUCAUAUUCAAUAAAUAAUAAUUAUUUUAUUAAUAAAUCUAAAAAUUUUUCAACAAAUUAUCUUGCUUCUGCUAUUAAUAAAAAUCAAUUCAAUCAUCAUUGUUCUUCAUUAUCAAAGAGAAUACAAAACUAUUCUCUUUCAAAUCAUUCAACAAUGGCUAUAACAGCAAUAACAAGUUUUUCAGAAGAACAAACAAACAGUUUUGAUUAUGAUAAUACUUAUUUUUAUCCUGAAGAAAUAAGUAAAUUAGAUGAUAUUUCAUCUCUUACAACAAUUACAUCAUAUUUACCAAUGGAAUUAAAUAGAAUUGAACAAGAUACAAGUGUUUAUUCAGAUAUGACUAGUUUUCGUUCAGAUACAGAUGAUAUUUCAGAAUCAAUAACUUUCGAUUUCCAACCAAAUAAUAAAAGUUCUAAUAUGCAAAAUUUAAAUGUCAAAAAUGAAAAUGAAAAGAUUAUGCCAAUAAAUGUUAAUUUAACUCCAUCUGAUUCUGAGUUUAGUGGUUUAGUUUAUGCAACAAAAUGUACAAUUAUAAAUGAGCAAGAAGAUGAUAAUGAUGAUGAUGAUGAUGAUGAUGAGCAAACUUUCUCCGUUUAUGACAAUGUUAAUUAUUAUUCUGAACAAAAUAAUAAGAUAAGGUCACAUGCAGACAAUGUCUCGUUAAACUCAUCGAUGACAUCGUCUAUGCAAGACAAUGAUUGUCCUAUGACUUUUACCGGUGAACAACUAAAUAAACAAGAGAAAAAGAGAACAAAUGAACAAGAAGAAGAAGAUGAUGAUGAUGAUGAUGAUGACGACGACGACAAUGAUGAUGAUUAUUUUAUAGUAUAUCAACCAAAAACAAUUGAUCAGUUAACAAUGAUGAAUAAUGAAAAUGAUAUCGAAAUAGAAGAAGAAUAUGAUCAUGAUGAUGAAUAUGUUGAAUCAACUAGAUUAUUUGAUGAUGGACGACAUGAUGGAAUUCUUUCUGAUGAAUCCCAAUAUUCAGAUGAUUUAAGAUAUUCAUUAGAUACAUCACGAAAUAGUUGUACAAAUGAUAAUCAUUAUAAUACAAGUUCAACAUUACGUCAAGAAGCCAUUGCAAUCACAAAAGUUCGUUGUAAACAGCGUAAAAAUUGGAUACAUUCAUUAACAUCAAUUGAUAAUACUUCAACAAAUUUUAUUAAGCCAUUUUCAUUAAAUAAUCAUGAUGUAUCAUCAUCAACAAAUAAAAAGACAAACAGUUUUUAUCUAAUUCAUCAUCAAUCAUCUUUAAUUCCUAUUCAAGAUUUAUUAAAUAAAAAUAUUAAUAAAAAUAUUGAAAUUAUACAAAUGGAUGAACAAGAAUGCAUAUUGGAAAUAGUUGAUGGGGUUUUAACACUUGUACCAAAAGAUAAAUCAACAUCAUCAACAACCAAUACUUCUGCAGAAAAAUCUGAAGAACAACAAAAAAAUUCAAGUGAUUAUCAAAGAAAUAAUAAUUAUGAUUCUCCUAAACGUAAAGAAAGUUCGUCAUCAAGGAUAUCAUCGAUUUCUACACCAUCUAUAUCAGAGGAUGAACAAGAAGAGGAUCAAGAACAAGAACAAGAACAAGAACAAGAACAAGAACGUGAUGAAAUAACAUCGUCAUCCCGAUUAUCAUGGAAUAAAGAAGAAGAAGAAGAAGCUCAAGGACCAUUUAUACUUCUACGUGACAUUCCGUCAAAAUCUCCUCCUCUUCCAUCACAAUCUGAACAAUCUGUUGAUUUACUUGAUUUAUUUUCUACUCCAUUGGUACCAUUAUCAAAUUCAAAUACUAAUAACAAUGAUAAAAACACGAAAAAUUUACUUGAUGAUAGUUUAUCGUCUGCUUCAUCUUAUGAAAAUAAUAAUAAUAAUAAUAAUUCCAGUUCUGAUUCGUUUGAAAGAAAAAAAACACGUUCGCCAUCACCAAUACAAAUUCAAUCAAAGUCUUCAUCAUCAACAUCACCAUCUACAUCAAUAAAAGACGAUAUUCUUCCAGUGUCAUCACCAAAUAAAAAUUCUGUUCUAACUGAACUAGUUCAAACAGUAGAAAAACCUGAAUUAAUCGACGAAACAGAAAUUAAUUAUCCAAUACCCAAAGCCGAACCACCACCGGUUGCUAAACCAAUAAAUAAAGCUCGUAUAAACGAAUUUGCAUCUCUUCUAUCAGCAUCUGUUCAUUUGGUUCCACCACAACCAAUUAAAAAGCAAGAAACACCUAAAACCAUUACAACUAUAAAUCGACCACCACCAUCACCUUCACGUUCUGAAGAUCAAAGCUUUUCUUCAGUACCGUCAAUAAAUAGUGAUCCGAACGAACGUGAGUCAUAUCAUACAGUGAAAUCAAAUAAUAAUUCAGAACAAGAACAAAUCAAAAAACAUAUUGAUGCACGUUAUAACGAAAAAAUUGACGAUCGAAAUUCCAUACAAAUAAAUACAUCAAACAUAAAAGCAUUAUUUGAACAAAAAAUUUCUGACACAAAUAAAACAUUAACACAAUCAAGCGAACAUUUAUUACAUGUGAGUGAAGCAAAGCAACAACAUAAAAAAGUACCAAUCAGUUAUGGAAGUUUAAAACGUAAUUUACCGACCAAUCCUCAACCAACAGCACAAAUAGCUAAUCGACGACAGUCACAACAAGAUUCUUCAACAAUGAAUAAAUAUACAGAUCAUAUUGUUGGAACAAAAGAUGUCGUUAUUGAAGAUAAACAGCCUGAACAUGGUCAUCAAACUCUACUCUAUGGCAGUAAUAUACGUCGUAAUAAUACUGAACAAAUAAUUCGCCCUGGAGCUGAUUCUUUAACAACAUCACCAGUUUCAGUAUCAAAUGGCUACUAUUCAGAAUCUUUAAUAGCUCGUGAAAUUCGUGAAACAAAAGAAAAAGAAGAAGAAUUACGACGACAACGUAAACAAUGUGGUCUUGCUGAAGAUUUAUCAUCGUUAAUAACAAUUUCAAAUAUUGAUCCAAAUAAAGCUGAUACAUCAACAUCAACAAAACAACCAGUUAAAAGUAGUUCAUUUUUAUCAAAUCUAGAUUUUUUUACAUCAAAAGCAACUAAUACACCAAAUGAAUCACCAUCACCACGUCGUUCAACAAUAGCAAUACAAAAUCUUGUUUAUGAUUCUCAUGCAUCAUCAAAUGAUGAUCGUAAACAAAUUUCUAAUGUUGUUUCACAAGAAUUAAAUCGUUUUAAUAAUAAUGGUGUACCUAUUAUUCGUACUAGUUCAACAAAUAAUUUAAUUCAUCGUUCAUCAUCAAAUCAAAAUAUCUCGGCAGCACAAAAUACAAACAAUAUAAUUCAACGUGAAAUUGAAGCUAUACGUGCUAAAGAAGCUGAAUUACGUCAAUUAGGCCGAAUACAACAUACAAGUGAUGAACAUUCUGAUCCAAGAAAAUAUCAAGAAUUAGUUUCAACAUUUCCAAAAAGUCAAUCUGUUAAUACUCUUUCAACAGGUAAAGUAAGAAGAGAUAGUGGACGAUCAAGUGGACCUUUGAUUGCACCGUCCAAUGGAGUUUUAAAAUCAAAAUCAACAAAUAAUAAUUCAACAAUUGCAUCAAUACGUGGUAAAUUUCCAAGUCCAAGUCCUACAGCACCUAUUAUUAGUUCAUCAAAUAAAUCAAUUGAUUAUUCAAAAUUAUCAACAACUGAUCGACUUGAAUUAGAAAAACGUGAAUGUCAAGAAAGAGAACAAGACUUAAGAAAACAACGUCAUUCAAUAAGUGGUGCUACACCAAUCGUUAAUCCAACAGUGAAUAAUGAUUCAGGAAAUGUAUUAAAAAAUGAACAUGAAGAAGAUCAAGAACGUUACUUUGAUAAAAUAGAACGAUUAAAACGAACAGAAAACGAAAAAGCCCAAGCCCCAGUAAUUCGCCCAGCAAAAAAAUUAGAUAUGUCACAAAGAUGGGAACAAAUGAUGGCGAAUAAAACAACUGGUGAUAAUGAUGAUUAA